AUGAGUAUUGUUUGGCUGCUCACAUCCUAUCUAACGGUUCUAUCACCGAUCAGUGCGGUCAUCCACAUUCCAAUCAGAAGUUCUGGUUCACUGAGAAAGAACCUGAUCGAGGCUGGCCAAUGGGACCACUAUCGCGCGAGACUCGUUGCCGGAGCGUUUCCGAGGAUUCAGAAUCUGGAAGUUAUGAACGAUAACUUCUACCUGGCAACCGUUCAUAUCGGCACACCACCGCAAAGCCUUGAAGUGGUUCCAGAUACAGGAAGUUCAGAUUUGUGGAUUGUAUCCACGUCAUGUUGGACAGAUGCUUGUUUAGGCUUCUACAGCUCUGGAUAUACUAAACAUCAUUUCAGUCCUUGCAAUUCAUCAACAUUUACAAACCUCGAAAAGCCUUUUCGCUUGUUCUAUGGAUCGGGAGCGAGUAGCGGAUAUUUGGGGACAGAUGUGAUCAAAUUGGAUGGUUUUGAGUAUGGAAAUCAAACAUUUGGUCUAGCCAAUGAGAUUGAUCAGGUAUUCGGCUCACAGCCAAUCGAUGGUAUCAUGGGCCUGGCAUGGCCAAAGUUGUCUUCGUUUGGUGCUUUGAAUCCUGUCGAAAAUAUGCUACCACAACUGGAGCAGCCUUUGUUCAGCGUUUGGAUGGAAAGUUCUGAAAGUAUGUCGAGUAACGGAUCAGGUGGUCAGAUCACUUAUGGUGGUUAUGAUGUGGAGCAUUGUGAUUCGCAUAUCAAUUGGGUUCCUUUGACACGAAAAUAUUAUUGGCAAUUCACUAUUGAAGGAUUCGAAUUGCCGUCCUUCUAUAUGGUUGGUGAAACGCAAGCAAUUUCCGAUACCGGCACUUCGUGGCUAGGCGUUCCACCAAAAUAUCUGAGCACGAUUAUCAGUGUGAUUGGUGGCUAUUACAACGCCUACUACAGUAUGUAUGUGAUCAACUGUAGCGUUCGUCGAACUGCGCCAGACUUCACAAUUUUCAUCAACGGUCAUGCCUACAAUAUACCACCUGACGAGUAUAUUGUUGACCUCUCUCUCGGUGACGAUUUAUGCGGUUUAACAAUAUUCGACGGAUCGUCUGAGGAACUCGGUGUUGAUUGGAUUUUAGGCGAUACUUUCAUAAGAUCCGUUUGCAAUAUUUAUGACAUUGGAAACGCCAGAAUUGGUUUUGCGAAACCGAUACGCAAUUGA